AUGGAUUCCUCGAGUAAUACACACAAGCGGCCGAGGUUCGACUUUGAGAAGUACUCAAACUCCAAAGUGUUGUCUGAUGUCACGAUCCGCUACGGAGCUUCGGGCGAGUUUAAGUUCGAAGCUCAUAGACUGCUGCUGAGCGCACAGUCUCGUUGGUUCGAGGCAGCUUUUACCGGAGGAUUUGCAGAGAGCCAUGCCAGAGAGAUCAUUUUGAUUGGCGAUGAUCCCGAUGCUCUCAAAACUAUGCUCGGCUUCGUAUACGUUCCACAGAUAUGCCGACCGGCGGAGUUGCUACAUGGCGCGACCGACACGAUCAAUCACUUCCUCGGGCUUUAUCGUGUGGGCGACAAGUACCAAUUUCCCGCUUUCUUGGUCCCUGUUGCCUCAAAGCUCAAGAGGCAAAUGCGUCUGUGGUUGGGCAGGUCCCGUGGACCACUCGGCAAAGACUGUGUUGCGCAGUCCGAAUUCUGCGGCUUCAUCAGAGAUAUCUAUGAACUCGUCGGUUUCGAACAUCAACCCAGCCAUCCGUUGGUACAGAUCUUACUGGGAAUAGCAACAGAACGAGGCUUGGCAAGCGUUCUGAACAACAUCGAAGGUAACCAACCUCUGAUAGUUAUGGCGUCAAAGAAAGUUGCAGAGUAUGGACGAGACAUAUUUCUUCACUUGAUGGACAAGACUGGGGUCUCGAAAGCAAAUGAUAAUGGCAAGGUUGUCACGACUGAGCUGUGCAUCGGAGUCGUGCUCGAAUGUCCGCCUUGUAGCGAUAUCUCGUGGAAGGUGAUCUGGGACGAUGAAGAAAGCCUGGACGAGGAGGGGGAGUGCACCAUCUGCGGACUAGGUCUCCAGUACUGGAAGAAAGGUGAUGAAUAA